UUUGGCACGUGAAAAUAGGAUAGGGAAUCUUAUCACCUCAGCCAAUACAAAGAACAUAGAAAAGUGUUGCUAAUUUUAAACUAGAUGCCUAGUUCUGGAAACAGACUUUACAAUUAGAGUUAUGGAAACAAUUACAGGAAACAAAUCAUAAAACCUCAAAAAAAGACUCGUAUCAACACCAUACAAAAACAUUAAACAAAUUGGGAUUCUGAAAAGAAUUAAAAUAUGAGUAUCAAGAGGUAACGAUGGUUCUGUUUGGGUAAAUUCAAAACUAGGUGUAAAGUAAAACAUUGCUAAUAAAUUCAAAAUGCUACUUUAUUGAGAAUGUCAUAUGUAUAGCCACAGUGAAAUUAAAUAUACAAGCAAGAAGUUAAUAGAAUAUAUUAUUAUGAUUAGUAGUAGAUAUGUGGGAAGAAGUUCACAGACCACACAAUACUGGGACAAAAUGACUUAUUGUCACAAGUUCUAUGCAAUUCUGAAUUAGAAACCAUCUGCGACCAUUUCAGUUCCUAUUUUUUGUUCUUGUUUAUUUCCCUCAUUUAAAUACUUGACUGAAUAUUAGAAAGGAUCAUUCCUAAAUAAGAAUAAGACUCCCAUGGAUUCAAUAAACAGAAUAUACACUUUAAAAGGCAAAGAUACAUCUAACAAAAAAAAACAUAACAUUUUCCCUAUUGAAUUUACAGAAGCAGAAAACAAGCUUGAUCCAUAUAUACUGUGCGAUGCAAAUCUUCAUGAUUAUGGAAGAUGUCACAUUUCUUGAUCUUCAGGUCUUAAUAAUGACAUAGAAUAAACUACCUGUACAGUGUUAAGAGUAUAGUGAUUAAUGAAGAUUUCAUUCAGGAUAGAAGUGAGAAAAAUGUUACAUUCUGCUGUGGAACUCAACUGAGACUUAAUCAGGUUAACAAGAAGAAAAUCCCAUAUAAAUGUACAGAAAAGGCACAUUGAUUCUGAGGAAUUGUGGCAAAGGGCCACUGAUCCAAAACAUUAAGCCGCUGCUGCUUAAUUGGCUGAGUUCUUCCAGCAUUUUUGUUUCACGUUUUGUUAAUUUGACUAAUAUUUACUAGUCAUCCACUAUUUAUUUUACUGAUGUAUAUGGAUUGUGACCUCAGCCCCCACUCUACUUCCUGUACACCUAACUACGUGGGCAGAUUGUGCUCUAAUUUCAUCUAGUUUGCAGAUGAUACUACUGUAGUGGGCCUUCUCUCAAAUAAUGAGAUCAGAGAGCCUAGUGACAUGGUAUCAUGACAACAACCUUUCCCUCAAAGUCAGCAAAAGAGCUGGUCAUUGACUUUCGGAAGGAGAGUGCAUAUUCCUUCAUGACACUUGGGCACCAUUAAAGAUGCAAAUAAUUCCUUCAGUAAAUUUAUAAUGUAAUUGUAACAUCCAUAUAGACCAACUGCUUUUCAUUGCAGUCCCUUAGUUUCAUACCUCCUUUUAUUAGUCUAUACCACUAAGAAAUUAAUCUGCUCUAAGCAUCAGUUUCUCAAAGUCUAGUUAACUAAUGACAACAUAAAUUCAAGUAAAUUUAACAUGAAUGUUUGACUUGUUGAAUAUUAAGAAGCAACAUACCUCUGUAUCCAUAAACUAGUUAUUCCCCUUAAACUUACUUAAUCUAAAUUCCAUAUGCAACACCACAGGAUGAAUUCCCACAGCAUUUAAGCAAUGAGGGUGGAGAGAAGGGUAUUUGAACAGGAGUUACAGGGGGAUGGUAAUCUGGAGUGCCAGGGUAGGUAAUGGAGUGGUUAUGGGAGAAGAUGUUAAUUCUACAAAAAAAAUAAAGACAAGAAUCAUAAGAUUGAGCAUGAUGGGAAUAACGUUCUGACUUCUGUCUAUUUCAGUGCAUGGAGUAUUGUAGGUAAGGUGGAUGAACUUAGAAUAUGGAUCUGGAUGUGGAAUUAUGAUAUCACAGACAUUAGUGAGACAGUUGCAGGAGGAGCAGGACUGGCAACUUAAUAUUCUGGGAUUCGGUUGUUUUAGACAUGAUAGAACAGGAGGGAUUAAAGGAGAAUUGGUGGAAAAUGUUAUGGCAGUGCUCAGACGGGACAAAUAGGAGAGCUCAUCUACUGAGGAUAUGAGUAGAACUGUGGAAUAAGAAAGGAUUGAUCAUAUUAAUUGAAUCAUAGUUAGGAUUCAGAGGAGUAAAUUUGUAAAGUCAAUGAUUUUAACAUUUCAUGUAUUGGCUGAGACUCAUUACUGUAAAAGGGAUAGAGUUUGUCAAAUCUGUUCAGGAAAGUUUCAUUAAUCAAUAUAUAAAGGUCCCAAUGAGAGAGAGUGAUACUGGAUCUCCAGUUAUGGAACGAGACAGGGCAGGUGACAGAAGUAUGUGUAGGGGAACACUUUAGACCUGACAGUUAUAACUCCACCAGUUUCAAGAUAAUUUGGAGAAAGAUAGGUCUGGUCCUCAGGUCAAAAUUCUAAAUUGAAAAAAGGGUAAUUUUGAUGGUGUCAAAAAGAAUCUAGUAAGUGUGGAUUGGGAUAGGUUGUUUUCUACCAAAGAUGUGCUUAAUAAGGGUAAGGCCUCCAAAAGGGAAAUUUUGAGAGUAGAGUUUGUACAUUCCUGUCAGAAUAAAAGAUAAAACCAGGUUUAGAGAACUUUGGUUUUCAAGAGAUAUUGAGGCCUGGCUCAAGAAGAAGAAUGAAGUGCAUAGCAGAAACAAAUGAGAUACUCGAGUAUAAGAAAUGCAAGAGAGCUAAAAGGCGGCAUUAGGUUCCCCUAGCAAUCAAGGUGAAGGAGAAUCCCGAGGGCUUGUACAGGUAUAUUAAAAGCAAAAGAAUAGCAAGGGACAAUCAGAGUAGUCAUCUAAGGAUGAAGCCAAAUGAGCUGAGGGAGAUCUUAUAUUAAAAAUUUCCUUCUUAAUUACUCAGAAAAAAAGGCACAGAGUCUAUAGAAUGGAGGUAAAACAACAAUGAGGUCAUAGACUAUAUAUGGAUUACAGAGAAGGUGCUUUCUGUCUUGAGGAAAUUAGGGUGAAUAAAUCCUCAGGGCUGACAAUGAGUUUCUUUGGACCUUGAGAGGCUAUUGCAAAGAUUGCAGGGGUCCUGGCAGAGGUACUUAACAUGUCCUUAGUCACAGGUGGUGUCAGUAGUUAAUGUUGUUCUAUUUUUUAAAUAGAGGCUCUAAGAAUAAGCCAGGGAAUAUUAGGAUAGUGAGACUGAUGACAGUUGUGGGCAAGUUAUUGGAAGGUAUUAUAAGGGACUAGAUAAAAAAAGUAUUUGGAUAGACACUCAUUAGGAAUAGUCAACAUGGUUUUGUGAGAGGUAGGUUGUGUCUAACUAAGCUUAAGAGUUUUUCAAGGAGGUUACCAGUUACGUUGAUGAAGGAAAGAUGUUGUCUAAAUGAACUUUAGCAAGGCCUUUAACAAGGUAUUGCAUGGGAGAUUGGUCAAAAAGGUUCAGUCACUUAGCAUUGAGGAUGAGGUAGUAAAUUUGAUUCGACAUUGGUUUCAUGGGAGAAGCCAGAGAAUGGUAGUAGAUGGUUGCAUCUCUGACUGGAUUGGAGGUCUGUGGCUAGUGGUGUGCCACUGGUGGUUGUGUCUGUCAUCUAUAUCAAUGUUCUGGAUAGUAAUGUGGUAAACUGGAUCAGCAAAUUUGAAGAUGACACCAGGAUUGGCGACAUAGUAAACAGCAAAGAAGGCUCUCAAAGCCAGCUGGGAAAAAAAAAUAGGUUGUAAAAUGGAAGAUAGAACUUAAUGCAAACAAGUGAGGUUUGCGCUAAGGGAGGACAAACCAGGGUAGGACUUGCAUGGUAAGCAGAAGAGCACUGAGAAGUAUGGUAGAACAGAGAAAUCUGGGAAUACAGGUCCAUAAUUCCCCAGAAGUGGCAACACAGGUAGAUGUAGUCAUAAAGAGUUUUGGCAGAUUGGCCUUCAUAAAUCAGUAUUGAGUAAAGUAAAGAAGUUGGGGUGUUACGUUGAAGUUGUGAAAGAUGUUGGUGAGGCCAAAUUUGGAGUAUUGUGUGCAGUUCUAGUCAUUUACCUACAGGGUGUUGCCAGGACUUAAGGGCCUAAGUUAUAGGGAAAGGUGAAUAUGUUAGGUCUUUAUUCCCUGGAGUGUAGAAGAGGAGAGUGUAUGAGAGGAGAUUUGAUAAUAUACAAAAUUGAGGGGUAGAGAUAGGGUAAAUACAAGCAGGCUUUUCCCACUGAGGUUGGGUGAGCCUAGAACUACAGGAUAGGGUUGAGGAUCAGAGGCAAAAUGUUUUAAGGGGAUCACGAGAGUGAACCUCUUCACUCAGAGGGUGUUGAGAGUAUAGGGCCAAGCUGCCAGAGGAAGUGGUGAAUGCAUGUUUGAUUUCAAUGUUUAAGAGGAGUUUGAAUCAGUAUAUGAUGGGAAGGGUUUGGAAGACUGUGGUCAAUUGAUGAGACUAGGCAAUAUAUUAGUUUGACAUAGACUAGAUGGGCCAAUGGGCCUGUCUCUGUGCUGUAGUGCUUUAUAACUCUACAACUUUCUGACUAUCAGUUUUAAGAAUGCUUACACAUGCACAUACUCACCCAGACUUUAGAGUAAGGACAAAGUAAAAAUAUGCAGAUAUUAAAAAAUAAUGAUUAAGACAAGAUGAUUGGAGCAAAAAUAUAAAAUUAAAUUAACACAACAACACACACAAAAUGCUGGUAGAACACAGCAGGCCAGGCAGCAUCUAUAGGGAGAAGCGCUUCGUCAGGACAGAAGUGUCUUGGCCUGAAACGUCGACAGCGCUUCUCCCUAUAGAGAGCCUGGCCUGCUGUGUUCUACCAGCAUUUUGUGUGUGUUGUUGUUUGAAUUUCCAGCAUCUGCAGAUUUCCUCGUGUUUGCUCAUAAAAUUAAAUUUAAAGUUUUGGAAGGAAUGAGAGGCCAUUAUUAGUUACCAUUCAAGACUGAAUGUUUAGAUACAAACAUCUUUAAAGAUUCUAAGUAAUAUCAACAUCUGUUAACUGGAAAGACAAAUUUCAAACAACAGACAAAAUGCUGGAGGAACUCUGCAGGCCAGGUAGCAUCUAUGGAAAAGAAUAAACAGCCGACAUUUGGGCCAAAACCCUUCAUCAAGACUGGUAGCUACAAACAGUCAUUACCAAAGGAAGAGCAGCAGAACUGUUAACAUUUAGAUGAAAGAUCUAGUCUAUGUAAAGCACAAUCUAAUCUGGAAGUAUUUUAAAUAGUAUCCAAGAGCACGAAAAUGAAUAGAUAACAAAGCAGCAGAAAUUAAAUUAUUAUUGUUAAGGCCCUGCUUCUCAAUUCCUUUCUAAUUCUUUAAAAUCUGCCAGACAAGUCUCUUUUACUACCUUUGAAGUUGGCAUUCUUAUUUACCACUAUUUCAGGCCAUACAUCAUCCUUCUCCAGAAUUCUUUACAGUGAUAUAAAAAGUCUUCUUUCAGAUUCAGUUUUAUUUAUUACAUGUACAUUGAAACAAAGUGAAAUGUGUUAUUUGCAUUAAUAACCAACACACCAAAGGAUGUGCUGGGGCAGCCCAUGAGUAUUACCUUUAUUAUCUAAAAUAUGUAUACUAUAUAUAACCUUCAGAUUCAUCUUCUUACAGGCAAUCACAAAACAAAGAAACCCAACAGAUCCCACUAAAGCAAGACUGCCAAGUUCUUAAUGUGUGGGGAAGAAUCGUGCAAACAAUAACAAACCCCUGUAUAAAGGCGAUCGAGGCCUGAGCCCAGCCCUCAUUCUCCAGGAUGCAGAAUGGUGGUCAACUACUGCUUGUUCUUUCUUCCAGUCAAUAAAAGCCGGUAUCUCGACUUCACGUCUCAGAGAGAGUUAUUGAUGGUGCAUCAAUUUUAUUGACUGGAAGUUUUAAAACAUGGACAGCGUUUUACAUCCGGAAAGAUUAAUUUGGACCCCCGAGACCCUGAAGCAGCUCUCGCCUUUGAACUCUGGCUUGCAUUCUUCCAAUCAUAGGUUAGUGGAAUUGAACCCGCUGUUAUGCACCAAAUUCUCCUCUCGAGGGUCACCCUGAAAGUUUACUCACUUAUCAGGGACCUGCCGACCUACCAAGGGGCACUGGAUGCCCUCAAAAGUCAGUAUCUGCGGCCGGUGAACACCGUCUACGCAAGACAUUGCUUAGCUACGCGACGACAGCGGCCUGGAGAGUCGAGCGCUGAGCUUCUCCGAGCUCUACAGACACUCGUGCGGACUUGCGUUUGCAGAACACUCACGGCGGAACAGCAUGCGGAGCUCCUGGUACAAGAUGCCUUUGUUACAAGAAUCAGGUCAGUGUAUGUGUGCCAGUGGCUGCUAGAAGAUGCCGAUCUUACCUUACGCUCGGCAAUCGAGACAGCCGACACGCGCUGACGCUGUCCAGCCGCGUGAUUCCCUGCCGGUUCCGUGGACACCUCAGACCCUGCCGCCGCCGGUUCCCGCGAGUGAAUUCGCCAACGCCGCUGCCAGUCGCAAUUCCACAAACUCCCCAAACCCAACCACAGCUGCUGCCAGUUGCAAGCCCACGCAGUAUUACUUCUGCGGACUCGAAAAGCACUCCCGAAAACGCUGCCCGGCCCGAGAAGUGACCUGCUCCAGCUGCGGGAAGAAGGGCCAUUUCGCCAAUGUCUGUAAGUCUAAACCACGAGCGGAGUCUGGCUGCACUGCUUGUGAGGCAUGGGGGCCGCCAUCUUGCAUGCCCGGCUGGGGGCGGCCAUCUUUGUUGGCGCCAACAUGCCCCGCCCCCUACCCACCGGUGCUUACUGGGCACCAAGACGGCAGUUCAACUCUGGCCACCGUAACCCUCGACCAAAGCGCCCCACACCAGCUUGCAAGGUCAAUGCUGAACAUCCUGGUGGAGGGGCACAGGACUAGCUGCCUGUUUGACACGUGCAGCACUGAGAGUUUUAUUGACCCGGACACAGUGCAAUGCUGUGGACUCAUGACACGGCCGGUAAGCCAGAGGAUCACCUUGGCUUCUGGGUCGUAUUCCACAGACAUCCGGGUGGGUUGUGUAGCGACAUUGGUGGUGCAGGGCACAGAAUAUCGGAACUUUGCGCUACUGGUCAUGCCUCAACUGUGCGCGCCUGUGCUAUUGGGGCUGGACUUCCAGAGCCACCUCGAAAGUGUGACUAUGGCAUAUGACGGGCCCCUCCCACCACUCACUGUCAGGAAUCCUCAGUUUUGUAGGACCUCGCCAUAUACCCCGCUACUGACCACACCCACACACCGAACCACAUGCCGACAGCUGCGCCACUGACACCACUUGCAGCCUCUCUACGCUCAAGAUCCCUCACCCCACUGCUGUUCGUCAACCUGACCCAACUGUAAACCUGUGGCAACUAAAAGCAGGAGGUACAGCGCAGGGGACAGGGCCUUCAUUCAGUCAGAGGUGCAGCAGCUGCUCAGGGAGGGAUCACUGAGCCAAGCACAAGCCCUUGGACGGCCCAGGUGGUUGUUGUUCGGACUGGGCAGAAAAAUAUGAUGGUCGUGGACUAUAGUCAAACCAUCAAUAUGUUCAUGCAGCUUGACGCGUACCCCCUACUCCACAUCGUGGAUACGGUCAGCCAGAUAGCUCAGUACAAGGUGUACUCGACAAUAGAUCUGAAAUCCGCUUAUCACCAGCUCCCCAUCCGCCCAGAGGACCGCCCCUACACCGCCUUCGAGGCGGGCGGCAGGCUCUAUCACUUCCUGCGCGUCCCAUUUGGUGUCACAAAUGGUGUCUCGGUCUUCCAGAGGGAAAUGGACCGGAUGGUGGACCAGUGCCAACUGAAGGCCACAUUUCCCUAUCUGGAUAACAUCACCAUCUGCGGUCACGACCGGCUGGAUCACAAUGCCAACCUCCAACGAUUUUUCCAAGUGCCCAAAGCCCUGAACCUUACUUAUAAUAGGGACAAGUGUGUGUUCGGCACCACCUGACUCGCUAUCCUUGGGUAUGUUGUGGAAAACGGGGUGAUUGGCCCUGAUCCUGACUGUAUGCGCCCCCUGUUAGAGCUCCCUCUUCCCACCACUCUCAAAGCCCUCAGACGGUGCCUGGGCUUCUUUUCCUAUUAUGCCCAAUGGGUCCCCCAUUACGCAGACAAGGCCUGCCCCCUGGUCAAGUCUACCACUUUUCCCCUCUCUGCCGAGGUCUGCGUGGCCUUCAGCUGCAUUAAAGGGGACAUUGCCAAAGCAACGAUGCAUGCGGUGGACGAGACCAUUCCCUUCCAAGUAGAGAGUGAUGCCUCCGAUUUCGUGCUUGCUGCUACCCUCAAUCAGGCAGGCAGGCCAGUAGCAUUCUUUUCUCGUACCCUUCAAGGCUCUGAAAUUCGGCACUUUGCGGUGGAAGCUAUUAGGCACUGGAGGCACUAUCUCGCCAGCAAAAGGUUCACCUUAUGUAAAUUUAAUUAACAAAGAGGGAAGAAAAACAAGUACAGUACACUUAUCCUAACAUUAGUAGCAGAGAAAAUGUUAGAAUUAUAUUAUUAAAGGGGUUGGGUAAAUGGCAAAGAGGAUAAGAAUUGGUAGACCACAGAUGGAUCAGAAGGAAACAGGAGGGGUGGCAAGGUAGGGGUAGCCUGAAAUUGGGAAAUUUAAGGUUUAUACCUUUGGGUUGGGUUUCCUAUGCAGAGUGAGGUUGGUUCCUCUAGUAUGCAUGAAACUUCACCCUAGCAAUGGUAAAGCUAGUUUGCUGUGGGAAUGGGAAUUGAAAUUCUGUGUAACCAGGAGCUCAUAAUGGCUAUAGGAGUAGAAUUAGACCUAUUUGGCCUAUCAAGUCUGCCUUGCCAUUUCAUCAUGGAUAAUGUAUUUUUCUUCUUAACCCCAUUCUCCUGCCUUUUCCUCAUAACCUUUGACACUCUUUCUAAACAAGAGCCUAUCAACCUCUAUUUUAAAUAUACCCAAUGACUUAGCAUCCACAGACAUCUGUGACAAUGAAUUCCACAGAUUCACCACCCUCUGGCUAAAGAUAUUCCUCCUCAUAUCUUUUCCAGUUGGCUGCUACUGACAGUUCAGGUGCUCUACAAUUUGGUUGCCCAGUCUAUAACUGGUCUUGACAAAUACAGAGACAGUCAUAUCGAGAGCAUCAACUGCACUAGAUAAGGUUGGAGAAAGUGCAUCAUGUGGAAGGGAUGUUUAAGUCUGAAUGGUGGUGAGGGAUGAGAUGUAUAAAUAAGCCCUGCACCUCCUAUAGUUGCAGGGGUCCAUGCCAGGGAAUGGGAAGGGGGAGAUGAAUGUAUAUUUAAUGACUGGAUUUUGAUGGAGCUGGCAGAAUCUGACAAAAUGAUAUGCUGAAUGUGGAGAGUUUAAAAAGAGGAUUAAGAAUUAAAUCUGCAUCUUUGUUGUGUUUGGAGGAAGGUGGGUGAAAGCAGAAGUCCAAGAAAUGAAGGAAUUACAAGACAGGGCUUUGUCAACCACAGUAGAAGGAAAGCAACAUUUUAAAUGUCCUGGAAUUGAAAAUUACUUAAUUUUUCACCAUUCACUUUGCUGGGAGCAUAAGAUUUCUUUCAAAAAUAGAAAAAAAAGAGAUCAGAAGAUAUUAGUGCUGCAAGAAACCUUGAUGUUUCUCAACACACCUCAAAAAUCAAUGAUCAAGUACAGGAAGCAAUUAGGAAGAGUGAUUCCAUGGAAGGGAUUGCCCUAUGAGGGAAGAUAAAGCAGAUUUGAGUUGAGUAGAAUGUGAGACAAUCUCAUUAAAAUAUUCAAAAUUCUUAUGGGCAGGGUAGGUGUAGGGAUGUUUCUGCCCCUGCUUUGAUGUCUAAAGUCAGAAGCCAUCAUCUCAAUAUAUAGGGUGUUGACCGUUCAGGGAACAUGACAAAUUUCUUCAGUCCAGAAUGCAGCAAAUCAUUAGAAUCCUAUAUUAAAUACAGCUGAGAAUCUUGGCUAUUGUGCAUAUUUGAAACAGAUCAACUCAAUCAUUAAGAGAAACUACAUUUAUCCUGGAGGUUGACACUAGGAUAGGCUAAUCAUGAUUUUAUUGAAUGCAGAAGAAUGCAAGGGAUUGAAUUGCCUACUUCUCUGUUCCUAUUUUCUUAAUUGUAAAUUUCAUAUAUAAAGGCUUGGUAGAGAGGGGGACAAGAAUAGAUACUCAAUGUGGUUGUGUUUAAUUGUUUUAGAAUAGAUAGAGAAGCCGAUAUGUCAGGGGUGGGUGGGGAGUUGCACUAUCAGGGACAACAUCACACCUGCACUCAAAGGAAAGAUAACAGAAGACUCAUCCACUGAGCCCAUAUGAGUAGAAUUCAAAAAUACAAAAGAUGCAAUCACUCUUGAUGGGAUUAUACUACAGACCCUUGAAUAGCCACUGGGACUUUGAGGAACAGAUAUGCAGAAAGAUUAGGGAAAGAUGUAAAAACAACACAUGUUGUUGUAGUGGGGGACUUCACCAUCUCAAAUAUAGAAUGGAAUCUUGUUAGUGUAACAGGUUUGGAUGGGAAGGUGGUGCAGUCAGGUGGGGCCAUACCGGACCUGUUUGGGUAAUGAGCUGGACAGCCAGUAUAUUUUUCCCUAGGGUUGGAAUGUCUAAUAACAGUGGGCAUGUAUUUAAGGUGAGAGGAGGCAUGUGGUGGGCGGUGGGUUCCUGGUGUGGUAGUGGAGGCAAUUAUGAUAGGGGCAGUCAAGAGGCUCUUAAAAGGGCAGAUGAUGUACAAGAAAUGGAAGAAUAUGGACAUUAUGUAGGCAGAAGGUAAAAGUUUAGUAGGGGAUUUGAUUACUAAUUUAAUUAGCUGAAUUAUCCCACUUUUCUAUCUUUUACAGAACCACCCUCCCUCGUCGAGUGUCUACUUAUUCUCCAAUCAUUCCUUUCAUUGGGGAUAUUGUCAUUCAUAUUUGGCAUGACCCUGCUAGAUCUUGUACUCUGUUCCAUUUUCCUUCAAGAGGAACUUGUUCCACAUAUUUGUUUGUCACUUUUUAAAAUAUCUUAGGAAUUUAACAAUGCUACUCAGAAAGGAACAAGGGAAUCAAUCAUGUUUACCUCCCUUAGGCACUGAUGUGCUCAGUAUAUUAUAUAUUUUAAAAAAGUAUCACUGAAAUACCAGAGAUACCAGAGCAGCAGCAGCAGCAAUAACAAUAGUUAACAAUCAAAGCACAAGAUUCUGGAAGUCCAAGUUUAAGUCACACACCAUCAACUUACUCGAAUCUCAAAGAAUUCCACAUAAUUAUAGACAAUAGGUGCAGAAGUAGACCAUUCGGCCCUUCAAGCCUGUACCACCAUUUUGAGAUCAUGGCUGAUCAAUCACCAUCAAUACCUGGUUUCUGCCUUGUCCCCAUAUCCCUUGAUUCCCCUAUCCAUAAGAUACCUAUCUAGCUCCUUCUUGAAAGCAUCCAGAGAACUGGCCUCCACUACCUUCCGAGGCAGUGCAUUCCAGACCCCCACAACUCUCUGGGAGAAGUUUUUUCUUAACUCUGUCUUAAAUGACCUACCUCUUAUUCUCAAACCAUGCCCUCUGGUACUGGACUCUCCCAGCAUCUGGAACAAUUUCCUGCCUCUAUCUUGUCCAAUCCCUUAAUAAUCUUAUAUGUUUCAAUUAGAUCCCCUCUCAAUCUCCUUAAUUCCAGCGUGUACAAGCCCAGUCUCUCUAACCCCUCUCUGUGUAAGACAGUUCAGACAUUCCAGGAAUUAACCUCGUGAAUCUACG